AUGUCAGAACCAAAAGUCAUCAUUGUCACCGGCGGCAGUAAGGGAAUUGGCCUCGCUGUCGUGCAGGACCUCCUGGAAGCCAAGCACAAUGUAAUCAUGGUUGCCAGGACUCCCAUCGGCGUCAGCGAGCUUGUGAAGGAUUACCCAAGCCAGAUCAAGUUCUUGGCCGCCGAUAUGACAGUGCCUGAUACUGCACACAGAGCUGUAGAGCUCGCUCACCUUUCUUACGGAAAGCUUGAUGGCGUUGUUGUCAACCAUGGAGUACUUACUCCCAUCACACGUCUGGCCGAAGCUUCCAUUGAGGACUGGAAGAAUCACUACGAUGUGAACGUCUUCAGCGCCCUUUCCAUUGUCAAAGAAGCCAUCCCUCAUCUGCGGGCCACCAAGGGCAAGAUCAUCUUUGUGUCCUCAGGCGCCGCUAUUAAGGCAUAUGCCGCUUGGGGAGCGUAUGGCUCUUCCAAGGCCGCCCUCAACUCAAUUUGCCGCCACGUUGCCGUGGAGGAGCCAGAUAUCACAGCAGUUGCAGUCAGCCCAGGACGGGUUGAUACUGACAUGCAAAGGGAACUACGCGAGAAGGGCCAAGGCGUCAUGUCCGAUAACGACUACGCCGGCUUCGUCUCGGCCUUCGAGGAAGGGCAGCUCAACAAGCCCGAAUGGCCUGCCCAGGUCAUCGCGAAGCUGUCACUUGACGCCAAGUCUGACCUGUCCGGUAAAUAUGUCGCGUGGAACGGACCGGAAGUUGCGGAGUAUCGCGAGCAGCAUUGA